AACAUUUUACAUCUAAUAUCUGUAAUUUUUCAACUAUUAGUUUGUUUUUUCUUUUGCAUUUUCCAUUACUUUUAUUUGUAUAUGUAACUAAAAAUUAAAAAGAAAAAAAAAGUAGGCAUAUUAAAGGGAAAAGUUCCAAGCAAGCGUCCAACCCAAAUAAAAAAAAAAAAACAAACCGUAGUCAUCAAGCAAAUUACAAAAGUCCAGAACUUUAACAACAAUAUUUUCAUAUUAAUCCUAAUAUUAAUAACCAUUAUAUAUAAAACCCCAAAAUUGAUCAUCUUUCAUUCUCUCUCUCUCUCUCUCUCUCUCUCUGUUGCCAAAACAAAACAAUUCACUAUGACUUCUUCAGUGGCGAAACUAAAGAUAGCAGGCAUAUGGGUUGGUGUAAUAGAAGUAGAAUUGGAGAAUUGGUCUGUUUCUAUGCUGAGACAAGAGGUUUCAAAGCAAUCAAAUAUGGGUACUGAUUCAAUCAAUUUAAUAUGUGCUGGUAAAGUAUUGAAAGAUGGUGAUGGCAGUGAAAAGCUUAGGCAAUUGGGUGUUAAAAACAACUCUAAAAUUCUUGCUAGUCGUGUUUCUGUUGAAGAGGGUAAGUCUUUGAAGCAGGAAUUGAUGGCUGAUGAAGAAAGGAACCGUAGAUUGGCCAGAGUAAAGGCAGCUGUCACUGCACUAUCCAGGAGACAUGGAGAUGGAUCAUUACCGUUAGAUGACUUUAAUAUAGAACUUGAAGAUCAGAGUGGGCAAAAAGUGCACUUUUCUGAGACUGAUAGACAGGCAAUAAUGAUGGGUCUGAUGCUUCAUGCAAAUGGAAAGGGCCUAAUUAGAAGGCAAAUGUUUAAAGAUGCUUUAGAAGUGCUCACCAUGGGAGAGGAAGCUUUCUCUCUUUGCAAUCCCAAGUCCAUUGAACUUGUUGACAAUAUCUCUAUACUGCAAAUAGACAUGGUGUGGUGCUAUUUCAUGCUCCGUGAUAUUGCGUGGCUAUCAGUUGCUGGAGUACGCCUUGAAAAGGCUAGAGAAGGACUUGAACGUGCUCAUGGAAAAGAUUCUUCCCGUUUCAGACUCCUUCAAGCAGGACGCUCUUCAGAGCUUUCUUUAUAUUUGAGACUGGAGCUGUUGGAAGGAGUGGUGGCAUAUCAUAGUGGCCAGUUUGAUAAAUGUAGGAAGUAUUUGACAUCAGCCCAAGAAAGAUUCUUCCAGUUACGAGUGCCAGAUGAAGCUUUAUCAAUAGUUAUGGGCAUGGGCUUUAAGGAGAAUGAUGCAAAAAGGGCAUUGAGAAUGAGCAAUCAAGAUAUUGAGAGUGCCAUUAAUUUUCUUGUUGAAGAGAAGGAAAGGAAAGCAAAGAAAAUGGAGGAUGACAUUCGUCGAAGAGCUGAAAUUAGAGAGCAACGACGAUAUGGAGAAACAGCCUUAAAGAAAGCUGUAGAUCUUCAGAGAUUGAAAGAGUUGGUUUCUCUAGGGUUUGAGAAGGAGCUUGCUGCUGAGGCUCUACGAAGAAAUGAGAAUGACAGUGAGAAGGCAUUGGAUGACUUGACAAAUCCACAAACUAAUACAGCCAUCCAGCAUGAUAUAGAAUCAAGGAAAAGAAAAAGAAAUCAACGAAAAGUAGGGACAAAAAUUGAACAGCUUGUAUCAAUGGGCUUUGAAAGAUCAAGAGUGGUUGAAGCUGUUCGAGCUGGUGGCUCUGUGGAGCAAGCAAUGCAACAGUUGCUGACAGGAUCAAUGACUAACCCCACAGCUUCUGCUACCAACAGUGAUAGUAUCUCCAGACCUACCAGUGAUGCUGUCGACAGUUUGAAUCAAGACAAUUUGAGCGACGAUAAUGAUACUGAGGGCCCAUCUGCCAGUGAAGUUGAGCAGAGGGAUCUAGAGAUGGAGGAUACAAUUGCAGAAGAAAUAGCAAAAGGAGAUGCCUUAUCUGACUAUGACAUAGAAGUAACAAAAGAAGGCGAAGCCAUAAACGAAUAUAUGGCUUUGCUGAAUUCUGUGGACAGCAGCAACAGGGCUUCUUCAUCAAAGUGAGAAGAGAACUGGCUAGAACAUUUAAUUUAAAUACAUCUCUGUUAAUAGAUGUCAAUAAGUAAGAUGGAGCUGAGCUUCUUAGAAAUCAAGAGCUGAAGGUAAUGUAAAUGGUAGAGCUCCACUGAUCAGCAUUGCAGAAACAAAGAUUAUUAGCAUAUAGCCUAAUUGAAAUGGUAAUGCAUGCCUUAACAUCACCUUUUCUUCUUCUUCUUCUUUUUAUUUGGGGGAUUUUUCAAUGUAAGAAGCUUCUUUGAUGUUAUUAGUCAUGGAAUGCACAGGCCACCAAAUUAAUACUGCA